AUGGUGGCCAACAAUGAGUACUUCUACUCCUCUGAAAGGCAAGAAGCUCUAAAGAAAGUAGCUGAAAGACCAACCAAUGCACUACCAAGUGACACUAUUCCCAACCCCAAGGAAGAAUGUAAAGAAAUUCAACUUAGGAGUGGAAAGACAUUGGAGAAUAACAAAGAAGCUAACAAGAAGCCAGCAGAGGAUGAUAAGGCUAACAGCAAGGAAGAAGUGCCAAUUAAAGAGAAGGACCAGGAAGAGCUCAGAAAGAAGGAUGGAGAGUCUCAAGCUUCAAAGAAGGAAAAACAAGUCAUGAUAGAGCCUCCACAAGAACAGAGGAAGGAAGUUAAACAUUACAUCCCUCCUCUGCCAUAUCCUCACAAAUUACAAAGAGAGCUCAAGGAUCAACAGUUUCCCAAAUUUCUGGAAGUUUUUAAGAAGCUGAAAAUCAACAUCCCACUUGCUGAAGUAUUAGAGCAAAUGCAUCUGUAUGCAAAAUUUCUAAAGGAACUCAUCAACAAGAAGAGAAGCUGGAACGAGAAAGAGACAGUGAUCUUAACACAAGAGUGCAGUGCAGUGAUUCAAAAAGGAUCAAGUAUCAAUCUGAUGCCCUUAUCUAUGAUGAGAAAGUUGUCCAUAGAAGAAGUGAAACCUAUAAGGAUGACCUUGGAACUUGCUGACAGAUCAAUGAUGAAGAGGGAGGCGAUUCCAUCAUAUUGGGAAGACCUUUCCUAG